AUGGCUCCUGCAGUGACGACGGGGCCGAAACGGCCUAUCAUCAUUGGAAAUGUGGCCGGCGCGAUGGAAGAUUGUCCAUAUGCCAUGCACCGAAUGGUGACGGAAGGCUACGUGGAUGCAAUUGCUGGUGACUGGCUGUCCGAGUUGAACAUCGCUUGGAACGCCAUUCGAAAGCACAACGAUCCCACCCAGGGAUACGAGGUUGGCUUCCUCGAACAGCUGGACGACUGCAUCGAUAUUAUCGCGCAGAAAGGGAUAAAAUGUGUCACGAAUGCCGGAGCCCUCAAUACCCCCGAAUGUGCGAGGAAGGCGAUUGAGAUUUGCCAACGACAUGGGCAGGGUCAUCUAAAGGUUGCCUACGUCCAGGGUGACGACAUCUCCGACAUUGUGGUCGACCCAGCCAGACAACAACAACUCGGGGGUAUCGUCCAUCUUGAUCAUCCGGAACGAAAGCUGGAGGACUGGGAUAGGAAACCCUACUGCGGUGUAGCCUACAUCGGCGCAUGGGGCAUUGCUGAGGCUCUGCGAUGUGGUGCAGAUAUCGUGAUUUGUGGUCGGGUCACGGAUGCUAGUCCUGUCAUUGGACUCGCAGCAUGGUGGCACGAUUGGCCUCACGAUGCCUGGGAUCAGCUGGCCGGCGCCUUGGUUGCAGGACACCUGAUUGAGUGCGGUCCCUACGUAACAGGAGCAAACUUCUCUGGAGUGAGGCCCUAUUUGGAUGGGCUCGUGGACCUGGGAUUUCCGAUCGCCGAAGUUGCCCACGAUGGCUCCGUCGUCAUCACAAAACAUCUAGAAGCUGCUGGAUUUGUCGACGAAAUGAAUGUGCGAGCACAGUUCUUGUACGAGAUUCAGGGCACAAAGUACAUCAAUUCCGAUGUCUGCGCCGACAUUGCAAACGUCAAAAUUGAAAACACGGGCAAAAAGGACCGGGUUCACGUCUCUGGCGCUGUAGGAAGUCCGCCACCGCCGACGACCAAGGCUAUUGUGGUGGCAAUUGGGGGAUACCAAGCCGAAGCCACUUUCUACAUGAACGGAUUGGACAUCGACGCGAAAGAGAAAUUCAUGCGGCAGCAGUUGGAAUACGCCUUCCGAAACGCGAAUUUCUCCGAACUGAGUAUCGAACGGCACGGGUCCGCGGCAGUUAACCCACCUCGCCAGUCUUUGGGAACUGUGGGCUACCGGGUGCUCGUUAAAGGUCGCAAGGCGGAAGAUAUCAGCGAAGAGGUGUUUCGAAAACAUGUCUAUGCACUCCGCAUGCAAUUUUACGCAGGAUACCACAUGUCGCUAGAUUUUCGGACCAUGGCCCCCAAGAUGUUUAUGGAGCUUUUUCCAGGGACGAUUUCCUAUACCUCCCUUCCGCAUCGAGUGGUGUUGGACGACAAAGAGAUUGCAAUUCGGCACCACGGCAUUACGGAGCCACCGCCGGGGAAGAGACCCAGCAAGGAGACCGACAAUCCCACUCCUUUAGAGACCUUUGGACCUACUCGGUUCGUCCCUUUGGGCUCUGUCGCCCACGCCCGAUCUGGGGAUAAGGGUGACAAUUGCAAUGUCGGAUUUUUUGUCCGGAGUGCUCAAGAAUACAAGUGGCUCCAGUCAUAUUUGACUGUCCCACUAAUCAUUGAUUUGAUGGGCGAAGAUUUCAAACAAGGCACUACAGUCGAGAGAUGCGAGUUUCCUCAAAUCUGGGCCGUACAUUUCCGCUUUCUGGACUUUCUGGGGGGAGGUGCGGCCAGUAGCACCAGAAUCGACAUGUUGGGCAAGGGCGUGGCUGAGUAUCUGAGGAGCAAGUUUGUGGAUGUCCCCGUUCAAUUUUUGGACAAUCCUAUCUCCCUGGCAUAA